AUGACGGAUUCUAACCUAUCGCGGGACUUCCUGCACGCAUGUCAAAGUGGCGAUUUAUCAAGAGUGGAAACCCUCGUAUCGAAACACAACGUUCAAGAUUGGACCCUCUUCCGGCAUUCGACUUCCGGUGACACCGCGUUGCACGUUGCAGCGCGCGAGGGUCAUUUGAAUAUCGUUCGAUAUUUAUGCGAGGCUUUCGAGAAACCAGAUUUCAGAGUGGACGUGGCCAAUAAAGAUAUGAAAAGACCACUGCACGAGGCGGCGCAAUUUGCGCGUAGCGACGUUGUCAAAUAUUUAAUCAAAAAUGGUGCAACCGUAGAUUGUUUGAAGCGCGCUGAUUGGACGCCGCUCAUGUUGGCCUGCACGAAAACCGGGAGUGAGGCGUACGAAUGCGUCGCAGCGCUUUUGGAGGCAAACGCGAAUCUGUUUCUGCGAAAUAAAGACGGAUGGACACCGUUGCACAUGAUUUGCCGUUCUGGAGAUAGAAAUACUUUUGAUUUAUUGGUGAAUCAGUCUGUUCAAUGUAUCGAAGAUCGAAGUAACAAUGGCCGCAGUGCUAUGCAUAUUGCCGCGUUUCAUGGUCACGAGCAUUUAAUCGAUCGAUUAGUGGCGCUAAAUUCAAAUUUCUUGGGCGCGCGAGAUUCCUCUGGAUCCACUCCUCUUCACGAAGCGAUCAAAGCAGGUCACUUAUGCGCCGCGAAGGAAAUUAUAAGAUUGGGAGCUGACGUAAGGGCGACAGACAACGUUGGUCAGACUAUCUUACACGUGGCUGCUUUGACUGGAAACGUAGAAGCUGUGAAAUACAUUUUAGAGGAUAAUUUAAUCGACGUGCACGCAGAAGCGUUGUUUCACCUGACACCUUUAGUUGCGGCUCGAAGAAGCAACCGAAAAGAUACGAUCGAAUGUUUGAUCGAACACGGUGCUGUGAAAUAA